GUACUGCAGAUCAUUCUGGUACAAGAAGGUGGCACUUGUAGUGUCAGUACUGCAGGUCAUCCUGGUACUAGAAGGUGGCACUUGUAGUGUCAAUACUGAAGGUCAUCCUGGUACUAAAAGGUUGUACUUGUAGUACCAACAUGAUUGUCAGAGAACUCUUGUAAGUUCUGACUCUACAGUAAUGUAGAUAUGGUGACAACAGUAACCACAGUGUUAAUACAAUGACAGCACUAAUUAGUGUUAAUACAGUGACAAUAACUAGUUUUAUUAGUGACAAUAACUAGUUUUAAUACAGUGAAGACACUAAUAUGGUGCUUAUUCAGUGACAACACUGUAACAACAGUGUUGGUACUACAAUACUUUGAAUGCCAACAAGUGUCAUCACAUUAAUGUAUCAUAAAUAUCUAAAUAUUUGCUAAUAUCAUCCUUCCUAUUCCUCAAACACUAUUACCCCUUCAUGUUUAGUGCUUGCUAUACUUAAAAUAGUUGAAUAAUACAAGAAUAUUAGUUUUCUCUGUAACAAAAUAUUCUCAAAUUUCCCCUGGUUAAACAAUUUAAAAAUGAGAAUUUAUUGUUCACUAUGUCUAAAAUACCUGAAAAACAGUGUGAUGAGACAACACAGUGUACAGUUGUUCAUGUAGGAGACCAAUUAUAUCAACAUUCACACUCAUCACUAAAACAAUCUUCACAACAACUUCAGUGUGGAUGUCAGACCAGGUUUAUCGUAGGCAGAAAAACACUUCAGUGUUCAGUGUGUCUAAAAGAUUUUACUGAAAAAUAUAAUUUAGCCAUUCACAUGAGAACUCAUACUGGAGAGAAGCCAUAUCAGUGUUCAGAAUGUAUGAAAGACUUUUCUCAAAAAUCAAGCUUAGUAAGCCACAUAAGAACUCAUACUAGAGAAAAGCCAUAUCAGUGUUCAGAAUGUCAGAAAGACUUUUCUACGAAACAGGAUUUAGAAAGACACAUGAGAACUCAUACUGGAGAGAAGCCAUAUCAGUGUUCAGAAUGUAUGCAAGACUUUGCUAGAAAAUCACAUUUAGUAAGUCACAUGAGAACUCAUACUGGAGAGAAACCAUAUCAUUGUUCAGAGUGUCUGAAAGAUUUUUCUCAAAAAUCAAGCUUAGUAAGUCACAUGAGAACUCAUACCGGAGAGAAGCCAUAUCAGUGUUCAGAAUGUCUGAAAGACUUUUCUGAAAAAUCUAAUUUAUUAAGUCACAUGUUAACUCAUACUGGAGAGAAGCUAUAUCAGUGUUCAGAAUGUCUGAAACACUUUCCUAGGAAACACCAUUUAGAAACACACAUGAGAACUCAUACUGGAGAGAAGCCAUAUCAGUGUUCAGAAUGUCUGAAAGGCUUUUCUAGGAAACAAGAUUUAGAAAGACACAUGAGAUCUCAUACUGGAGAGAAGCCAUAUCAGUGUUCAGAAUGUCUUAAAGACUUUUCUAGAAAAUCACAUUUAAUAAGUCACAUGAAAACUCAUACUGGAGAGAAGUCAUAUCAGUGCUCAGAAUAAAAGUCUUUUCUAAAUGAUUUCAUUUAGAAAGUCACAUGAGAAGUCAUACUGAAGAGAAAGCUUUGCCAGAGGAGGUGUCAUGUGUUAUGUGCUGAUAUUUCUUCCUCUACCAACACUGAUAUUAACCCUUUCACUGUCGGUCCCAUAAUAUUAUGACUUGCAAAGCAGUGUUGGUCCUGUAAUACUGGUGUGAGAAAGCUGGUAGGUCUACCUAUGAGAGAAUGGGUCUGAGUGGUCAGUGUACACAGUAUAAACAAAAUCCUACAAAAUGCAGUGCAUAAUGAGAAGAAAAAAGUUUUUGGUUUACAACAGUGACUUUAUGGUGUAUUUUCGUAUGGUAUUUAUGGUUGUAUUCUCAUUUUCUUGGUCUCAUGUGAUAGAAUGGAAGAUGUAUAGUAGGGCCCCACUUAUACGGCAGGUUAGGUUCCAGGCUACUGCUGUAAAGUGGAACACACUUUUUUUUUCACUUACAAAUGCAUAUAAAUACUAGAUAACAAGUAUACACUAACAUAUAUGUAUUAAGUUAGCAAUAGAAUUAGGCAUUAAAAACAAUAAAAAUGUAAAAUACACAUAUAGUGCACUCAUUACUUACCUUGAAAUAUUUGUAGUCUGUAGUCUUAAUCUAGGGUGAAAUGAGUAGUAUUGUAAGAAAUGAAGUGUAUGUAUGGUAGGCCAGCCAGGCUACCAUACCAGGCCACCCCACCCACAACCAAUAUUCUAUGACAUUUAAGCAUCCCUGAGUGAUAAAAUGCAUAUACAGUUCACUCAUUACUUACCUUAAAAUGUUUGUAGUCUUAAUGUAGAAUCAGAGAUGAGUAAACAAGAUAAAAUGAAUAAAUGAGAGAGAGAGACAAUAAGUACAUGAGAGAGGACAGGUGCGGAGUUAUGUAAACAAACCAGGCAUCAAACCAGGCAUAUGCGAGUUUAAUAAACAAACCAGGUGAGCACAUCUGGUUUGUGUAGAAAUUAUAUUGUGUGCGCAUUAUCUCUAUGUUAAUAUGGUAGAAUAAAGAAGAACACUCCCAUUCUCAUUGUAACACCAGUUUUAGAAGAAAUGACACUUUGAGUGAAGGCACAUGAAAGGAAUAAUUUUCUACAGUUACCCCCCAGUAACACAUUUUCUCUGAUGUUGGACUAGAGAAAAUGUUAAUCUUGCUGUCAGUCAUACAGUCGUCUGGCUACCACAUCUCAUAUUUAUGUUAAUUUAUUCUACUGUGGGGUGUACUUAUCAUCUUCAUAUGUUAUGUAUCAUGUUUAUUAUAUAAUUUUGAAAAAUAUCAUAGGUGGGUUAAUGAAAAUGUGUAUAUUAGUGUAAUAUAUGACAUUUAAUGAGA